CUGCCCACCAAAUGAUCAAAGAAGACUGUCAACGCGUCCACUCCACCAACAGCUGGAGAACACCUCUGUCUCAAGCGCGUCCUAUAAAGAACUGCAUGGAGCAUACUAAUUAAGCUGCGUUACUCGCUGGCACUGCACCAACUUUAAGCAGCAGAUCCCCAUUGGACGUGCAAUUGCAAGCUGGCCAUGCGAAACCCCUCACCACCUUCUUUCCACAGGCACUCUCCAGUCCAUUCCCAACCUAUACCAUGGCUUUCUCUUUCCUCUUCUCUUCCCCCUUUAUAAACAGCUCCAAACCUCACUCAUCCCAUCACCCACUCUCCACUUCUCUUGCUUACAGCUACUACUGCUGCUACUUGUGUUGCUCACAAUGGCGAUGCGGUUUCUGCUGAUAGCUUCCUCUUUGCUGGCCAUCGCCGCCGCCGGCAACUUCGACCAGGAGUUCGACAUCAUCUGGGGCGACGGCCGCGCCAAGGUCCUCGAGAGCGGCCAGCUCCUCACCCUCACCCUCGACAAGGCCUCGGGCUCGGGAUUCCAGUCGAAGAAGGAGUACCUCUUCGGCAAGAUCGACAUGCAGAUCAAGCUCGUUCCGGGGAAUUCCGCCGGCACCGUCACUGCCUACUAUUUGUCCUCGCAAGGGCCGACGCAUGACGAGAUCGACUUCGAGUUCCUCGGAAAUGUCAGCGGAGAUCCCUACACCCUCCACACCAACGUGUUCGCCCAAGGGAAGGGGAACAGGGAGAUGCAGUUCAAGCUCUGGUUUGAUCCCACCGCGGACUUCCACACCUACACCAUCCUCUGGAACCCUAGCCAUAUCAUCUUCAUGGUCGACCGCAUCCCGAUCAGAGACUUCAAGAACCUGGAAUCGAGGGGCGUCGCGUUCCCCAAGAACCAGCCCAUGAGGAUCUACUCCAGCCUCUGGAACGCGGAUGACUGGGCUACCAGAGGCGGCCUGGUCAAGACCGACUGGUCGCAGGCACCGUUCACGGCCUCGUAUAGAAGCUUCAGGGCCGACACUGUCCCCAGCAGCAGCGGGUGGUGGAGCCAAGAGCUGGACACCACAGGCCAAGAGAAGAUGAAGUGGGUGCAGAAGAACUACAUGAUCUACAACUACUGCAGCGACCUCAAGAGGUUCCCUCAGGGCCUGCCUACAGAGUGCUCCUUUGCCUGAUAGAAAAGAGAGAGAACAAAUCUUGUUAUUCUUUGAUUCAUUUAAUUCAUAUGUUGGCUGCUGAAAGUAUUCUGCUUGAUACUACAAAUUCAGAAGAAAACUACUACCUUACAUGUUCCAGCA